AAUCUUGAUGGGGCGAAUGCAAGUGGAGGACUAGCCGAGAUAGAGGAAGCAAAGAAGAUGAUUGUACUCUACGACUCCCUCCAACUAGCACAUAAAUGCAUUCUCAACUCGUUCUAUGGCUAUGUCAUGCGAAAAGGUGCAAGAUGGCACUCGAUGGAGAUGGCUGGCAUUACUUGUCUUACGGGUGCCAAAAUCAUUCAAAUGGCAAGAAAGCUAGUGGAUGAUAUUGGGCGUCCAUUAGAGUUGGACACAGAUGGUAUUUGGUGUAUGCUUCCAGGGGUUUUCCCCGAGAACUUCACAUUCAAAUUUGCCACUGGGAAACCACUGGGAUUUUCUUAUCCAUGCACCAUGCUAAAUCAACUCGUACACGCCAAAUUUACGAAUCACCAAUACCACACGCUGAAAGAUGGUCGAUACGAAAUCAAAAGCGAAAACUCGAUCUUUUUCGAACUCGAUGGUCCAUAUAAGGCAAUGAUCCUGCCCUCUUCAAAAGAAGAGGACAAACUACUCAAAAAACGUUAUGCAGUCUUUAACGAAGAUGGCAGUUUGGCUGAGCUCAAGGGCUUUGAAGUUAAACGAAGAGGAGAAUUACAGCUCAUCAAGAUCUUCCAGUCUCAAAUCUUUGAGAAGUUCCUCCUAGGGGAAACGCUCGAAGAAUGUUAUGCGGCUGUUGCGAAAGUUGCAGAUCAAUGGCUAGAUAUUCUGUUCACUAAGGGGACUACACUUGGCGAUGAAGAACUCGUUGAUUUGAUCGCCGAAAAUCGUAGCAUGUCCAAGACCUUACAAGAGUACGGUACUCAGAAAUCCACAUCUAUUAGUACAGCACGGAGGUUGGCCGAGUUCUUAGGUAGCCAGAUGGUGAAAGACAAAGGACUCGCUUGUAAAUUUAUCAUCUCGGCAAAACCGUUUGGGGCCCCGGUCACAGAAAGAGCUGUACCCGUUGCGAUCUUUUCUGCCGCGGAAAGUGUGAAGCGGUUAUACCUCCGCAAAUGGUUACGGGACAAUAGUCAGACCAAUUUUGAUAUUCGGGCCAUUCUCGACUGGGACUACUACAUCGAACGAUUGGGAUCCGUCAUCCAGAAGCUAAUCACCAUUCCGGCGGCGAUGCAAAAUGUCUCUAACCCAGUCCCUCGUAUUCGUCACCCAGACUGGCUUUCUCGCAGAGUUGCAAGGGCGCAAGAUCGAUUCCAGCAGCACAAGAUGACAGACUUUUUCAAGCAAGAACCAGUUGAUCGACCGAAGGCUGGUACAAGAGAUGAUAGUGAUGGUGCUGAAACAGACGGUUCCGUUAAAGACAUUGAAGACUUUGGACACUCUUCACGAACUUCGAAGCCCACUAUUGCAAUAUCCAGUCGUAAAGUACCAACCAAGCAACAACGUGCCCCAAAUGAAGAUAAACUACCACCUUUACCUAAUCCUUCGGUCAACUAUUCCGCCUGGCUAAGGGCGAUGCGGCCCCGCUGGAAAGCGGAGAGAGCCAACCGGCUUCAGGCUGGAGGUAGUUCUCAUUUACCAGCUAUUUUCCGAGGUGCGGCACGACCGGUUGCUCGGUCCACGGCCUGGGACAUAAUUCAGGUCCGGCCCACACAUCGAGAAGGAAGAUUCAUGGCAUGGUUGGGAACAGAGAAUGAGAUCGUUCAAGUAGUCCUACGUAUACCGCGUCAAUUCUACAUCAACCUUAAAAGCGAUCCCAUUCGAGAGGGUGACCGAGCGACUUUCCACCCUGCGUAUACCGCUGAACGUAGUUCGAAGAUUUUACCUAGAGGACACCCAACCCUGCAUCUAUAUCACAUUAGUACAAGCGAAGAAUUCUUCAAAACGAAUGUAUCCCAUUUCUCUCAUCUUAUGAACAAUCCCCAGACCGACGCCGUUUACGAGCUAAAGCUACCGUUGGUCAUGAGGGCCAUUCUGACCCUUGGGGCAUCUUGUUCCAUUGCCCUGGGUCAAGAAAUCACCCUUAGUCGUGCACGGGAUAUCGGCUUUGACUUGCAUCAACUCGAUCGCUCUUCACUUGCCAAGAGAAAGUAUUUGGACGGAGGACACCGGUUCAAUUAUAGCUUCCUCUUUCACGCUUAUUCAAGCGAUGGUGAUGUUCACGUUUUCUCACUGUUCAGUAACAGUGCAAUAGCAUCUGUUCAUGUCGUAGAUCCUGCAACACACCGCGCAGGGUUCUCUCGCCUCUCUGAUAUCUAUCUUUCUAUGCUUCAACAACAACAAAAGCGUCAAAGUGGCAGCAUCGUCAACUAUCCAAAGUCCAUAGAAUUCAAGGUGUCUUACCAUUCUAACGAUGUGACGGCCAUGAAGGCAGUCAGUCGUGAACUGGCACUCAAAGAAUAUCGAUCGAACAUUCUAGUGCUUGCAUCUCGCAAAGAACUCGGUUAUUACGAGAGAGGGAUCGCAGCACUCUCUACUUUACCUGUAGUGAGAAUGGCAAGCAACCGAAGUACAUCACUCGACAGCUUAGAGUGGCAAAAGACAGCAGUACAAGGUCUCAUUAGUCACUAUCUCGCCUUGGGAGAAUGGCUGCGGGAUCAGAUCGAUAAUUCGAUCUAUUAUGACGUCCCUCUUGGGAACAUUCCCAUUGAUCACAGUCUUUUCUUCAUGGAUGUAUCCUUUGCACGGCGGAUGACGAAGCAGGAUAUGAUCCUGUGGUGGUCCCCAACCAUGAAGCCGGACUUGGGUGGACGAGAAGUCGACGGGAGUGCCGGCUCAUCUUUCGAAGAGUUGGUGAAUCCAGAAGCUUCCCGCCCAGGUUGCUACACGAACGUUUGUCUACAAAUCGAGAUGAGAAACUUGGCUGUGGACGCUGUCCUACAAUCAUCACUAGUCAAUGAGCUGGAGGGAAGCGGUGGAGCCACUUCUUUCGAUUCCGUCUCUCAUACUCUUCAUGAAUACACAAACGGCGAGGCAAGCUCAUCCAUCACGCUUGGAGACUCCGUUUUAUCGCCUCAGACAUUCUUCAUUCUGAAGAACCUUGUCAAAGGAUGGAUGCUGGAUAAAGCUACAUCACCUGAUAGCCCAGCAGACUUGGCCCUCGCCUUCUUCUGGAGAUGGAUCAGUUCUCCAUCUUCACAUAUGUAUGACUCGGGGAUUCACCGUUUUGUGCACGGAUUAAUGACCAAAACAUUCUUCCAGCUUCAAGCUGAGUUCAAGCGACUAGGAUCCACUGUUAUCUCUGCCGACUUUAGUCAAAUUCUCCUCUUGACAUCCAAACCACCCGGCAGCGCUGCUGCUUAUGCAACAUACAUCACCACUGCAGUCUUAUCUAACGAGCUCUUCAAGCACCUCCAAUUACACACGGAGAGAUACUACGAUUUUCUCCUAUAUUUGGAUGGAGCAAAUCAAGGAGGUAUCGUCUGCGCUGAUCCGAGGGCAAAGGAACCCCCUCGAACCCCUUGCAUUGCGAAUACUUGGAACAUUCAAGCGUUCCUGCCGCCUGCCAUUCAACCUACUUUCCAUCAAGAAGUCACCAAGUUCAUUGUCGAUAUGUUCAAAAUCCGAACGAAGCAUACGGCCACUACUAGAACUCCGAUGCGGGUUCUCGACGCUACAUACACUACUGGCGUCCAACCAGACCAACGAUUUGUUCAGGAACAAGACGAGGUCAGGGCUUAUAUCUCGAAGCGUCUAACUCGUCGCCUCCUAUCAGUGGUCAGCAAGAUGGUUCAACAACACCAAGCUGCGAUGAUGGGAGAGGAGCCUGACUUGGACUUUGAGUUUCCAAUCCUACCAGGUUCUUAUCUCACCUUUAGUAAUUCAGCGCUCGAAUUUGUCAAAUCCAUCUGCGAGGUCUUUGGCCUAGCCAGCGACUAUGCCAUCGAAAUUGGCCUACUCCGACGAAACCUACUCGACAUUGUCGGGGUGCGCGAAUUUGCAGAGGAAGCCAUCUGGAGACAGCCCUGUCAAUCCUUCAAACUGAGCAUGGUCAUUUGCCAUUACUGUAACUCGAUCAGGGACUUUGAUUUCUGUCGAGAUACAGAUUUACUACCGAGGCAGGGCAACGACGGGCGGAGUCCACCGAAAUGGAUCUGUGCCUAUUGCGAUACCGAGUACGACAGAAAGGCUAUAGAGAGUAGUAUGAUCGACGUGGUCAAGAGGAUGGAGAUGGUAUAUCAGAUGCAAGACCUCAAAUGCGCCAAAUGCAAACGGAUCAAAGUCGAUAACCUUGGCCAAUACUGUUCUUGUUCUGGAUCUGUUGGGCUAACAGUCGGGAAGGCGGAUGGGCGUCGUAGACUGCGAACCAUUGUAAAUGUAGCAACGGUUCACAAUCUUGCUGCACUCAAGGUGAAUACUUCAUUCUACUCGAUUCAUUCAAACUGA